AUGCAAUUUAACAAAAAAGCAUUUUUGGCCUUUGCUACUAUUGCGGCGUUGGGUAAUGCUCAGGAAGCUACCGCACCCGAAGAUUCUGCGGUCGUAAAGUUGACCUCCGCAACCUUCAAUGAUUUCAUCAAGGAAAACCCAUUGGUGUUGGCUGAAUUUUAUGCGCCAUGGUGUGGCCAUUGUAAGAAUUUGGCUCCACAUUACGUUGAAGCUGCUGCCACAUUGCAAGAUAAGGGUAUCCCGUUGGCGCAAAUCGACUGUACCGAAGAAUCUGAGCUAUGUAUGGAACAAGGUAUCAGAGGGUACCCUACCUUGAAGGUUUUCAAGAACAACCAGAUCGACAAUCCAAGUGAGUACCAAGGUGCCAGAUCUGCACCAGCUAUUGUUUCUUACUUGAUCAAGCAAUCAUUGCCACCUGUGACUGUUUUGGAAGGUGUCGACGCUGCCGCCGACUUGAAGGACUUGAUUGCUGAAGCUUCCUCUGCCCUUGUGGUUGAUACCGGUGUUGAAGACUUGAAUGCCACCUUCUAUGAAUUGGCUGAUCUAUACAGAGAUGACUUCACAUUUGUUCAGUAUACUUCUGAGGAUGAGCCAAAACUUUCUAUCUACCUACCUGAGGCCGAGGGGCCUAUCUCUUACAACGGUUCUAACCUAACCUUGUCUCAUUUGGUUGACUGGGUUCAGGUUGAAACCAAGCCUUACUUCGGUGAGAUCAACGGUGAGACCUUCCAAAGCUACAUGUCUGCUGGUUUGCCAUUGGCGUACGUCUUCUACACCUCCGCUGAUGAACGUGCUUCCCUAGAACCAUAUUUCAUUGAAUUGGGCAAGAAAUACAGAGGUAACAUGAGCUUUGUUGGUCUAGACGCUUCCAUGUUCGGCAGACAUGCUGAAAAUUUGAACAUGAAGGAACAAUUCCCACUGUUUGUUAUCCAUGAUUUGGAUUCUAACCUAAAGUUUGGAUUGCCACAAUUAGAUGAAGAAGAAUUCGCUGCUCUUGAGAAGCCUCUUGAGUUGGAUACUAAGUCCAUUGGUGAGUUCGUUGAAAAGUUCUUCGCGGAGGAGUUAACUCCUUCUGUCAAAUCUGAGGAAAUUCCAGAGGUUCAGGAAUCCAAUGUUUUCAAGAUUGUUGGAUACACCCACGAAGAAACUAUCGGUGACAAGGACAAGGAUGUGUUGGUAAAAUACUACGCUCCAUGGUGUGGACACUGCAAGCGUUUGGCUCCAAUCUACGAAGAGUUGGCCGAUCUGUACGCUUCUGACGAAGAUGCCAAGGAAAAGAUUUUGAUCGCCGAUGUUGAUGCCACAUUGAAUGAUGUAAACGUGGAGAUCGAGGGAUUCCCAACAAUUUUCUUGUAUCCUGCUGGUAAGUCUGAGCCAGUAAUUUAUCAAGGUAGCAGAAGUCUAGAAUCUUUCGUUGAGUUUUUGACUGAAAAUGGACAAAGCUCUAUCAAUGGUACUGCUCUCUUGGAAAACAAGCGCGCUGAGGAAGCAAAGGCCCAGGAAGAAGCUGAGGCUAAUGAGGAAGAAGCUGAAGAGGAGUCCGAAGCUGAAACUGCAAUCUUACAUGAUGAAUUGUAA